CUGCGUGAACGGUUUCCAACUGUUUGGAGGCUGAAAAUCUGGGGAUCACCGAACUGAACGGUGUGUAGACGGAGGAGAAAGAUGCUGCGUCUUGCUGUAAACCGUUUGUUCCCGGCAGCCACCACUGCUGUGGCCAGGACCGCUCGUCGGGCUCCUUCUGCCACCGCUCUGGUGCGCCACAACACCACCGCAGCGACCACCGCCGGUGAGAAGCGCGAGAUCAUCAUCGACGGCAAGCCGUUCAAUCCUGAUGAUGUCACCGAGACCGACCCCGUAGUGCCCGACUUUGAGCGUCCCGAGGAGGCCUACUACAUGCCCAGCUGGAUUCUCAUCCCCAAUGAGCUGAACGAGAUGACUCCAGAGGAGUUCGACCAGGCCUUCCUCACCUACUUCCAGCACGAGGACUGCGACCGGUUCAUGUGCCGCAAAGGCAUCCGCAUGUUCUUCGACUGCGACGUCAUCCCGGAGCCUGAGAUCCUGAAGGCCAUGCUGGACUGCUGCCGUCGCAACGACGAUGUCACGCUGGCUGUUCGAAUCAUGGAGGUGUGGAGGACAAAGUGCGAGCACUACGGCAAAGACUACUGGCCCUACCUGUACGGUGAGGUUGCUGAGUAUUGCGAGAAGCUGGGUAUUCCUACGCUGGAGGAGCUCGGCAUUGAGAAGGCAGACCCAGACCGAGUCAUCUGCUGGUAGACAACUAGGUAGAAGUUCAAGUCCGCUCAGAUGCAUGUCCGCUGUUUCUUUUACGGUAUUAUUAAUUAUCAUUUCCUCUCCUUUUGUUCCUGGCACUGCCACAGUGAAGAGUGCAUUUUUGUCAAGACUUUGUGCGUGUGUUGUUACAUGUGUUAUGUACAUUGUGUGUGUGUGUGACGGCUGGUCUGGUGAGCAUGCCAGUGCUUAUUCUGUGCUUUGAACCAGGCCUCUGCACAUGUGCACAUCCCGCUAUUGCUCAGUUUGGUCCGAUAUGUUUCUUUUAUGCCAUCAAGUUCUUUUUUGACGGCGUAGCCAUAGUCCUGUUGAUAAGAUAUUUAACACCUCUGCUGAA